AGAUUUGCUGAAUUAUCAACCAAUGAAAUUGUGCCCCGCCCCUUCGUCCAGACCGCUUGGAAUCGUGAAUCGUGGAACGCGUUAUUGUGACGUCACAGUGCGCGCAGCCGCUUCAUAAAUCGAGUCAGUCGAAACUCUUUGUCAGAGUUUAAAGCUGCUCUUUGGUCUCUUGCGAUCGAUCUGUAGUACUGAGUGUUACAAGUCUACCGCUAGAACCAACAGGCAAAUACAGUGUUCACAGCUCGUUGAGAUGGAGCAUCUGGCGACUGUUACAUUGGACACUAUGUUUGCCAACUUUCCACUGGAGCUGGAAAGCUGCAGCAGCUUGGACUCAUUCGAGGACGCUCAAGUUGAGCCGCUGAGUGGCGCUGUGAAGCCGGCUGACAGAAAGGCCUGCAGUAGCAGCUGCCAACAGCUCCCGACAGAGGCGCCUCGACCACCGGCUGUCCCUACAGUCGCCUGGGAGGACGAUUCAACAGAAAAGCGCACACAAGGGAGGAAGUCUAAGAAAGAAUCCAUCCAAACCCAGGAAGAAACCCAAGUGUGUGCUUUUGUGCCUGAGGAUCCAUCGCAGGAGCUUCCACACACAUCCAGAGUGGAUCCGACAGGCACAGAUCCGCGGGAGUCUGAGCCAACAGACAGAUCCUUUGAAUCUCUUUAUGAUGUGGGAUUGAAACUGAAGUCGAGACGUGGUGUCAGUUAUCAUCUAGGAUUUCGAAACUCCGAUGACAAACGAGUAUUGAUCAAAUUUAUUAAGAAGAACCGGCCUGAGAAACUAGUGGAAUUGCCUGGGUAUUCCAACCCUUUAAGUAAAGAGGCAGCUGCAAUGUUGAUGGUGCAAAAGCCUCCAACUAGCGAGCAUCUCGUACAACUAUAUGAUCACUUUGUCAUGGAAGAUCAAGACAUCUUGAUUAUGGAGUAUCCACGUUCCUACAUCAGCCUGUUUGAUUAUGUCCAACGAAACAGCAGUAACCUGACCGAAACCGAGGUGAAACUCAUCAUUCAGGGGCUCAUUGUUGCUCUUCAUCACUGCAUGAGUCGUGGUGUUUAUCGUCGCACGCAUAUGAAAAACAUCCUUGUCCACACAAAAACCCUGCAUGUAAAGCUGAUGGACUUUGGAGGCGCACUGCUCGUCGAAGAAAGACGAGAUGCUGAACCUCUAUUAAUCAGUGCAAUCAGAAAAUAUGCUGAAUGGGCAACAACUGAGGACUUACGCAUACUGCUGGAUCUGAUGGUCCCGAGAAUAAGUCGUUGCUUUUGGAUGAGACCACGCGUGUCCAAAGAAUGCCUGGAUCUUCUUGAGCACCUUCAUGAUGUAAAGUCACGGAUGACGUUACAGGCUAUGUUGAAGCAUGACUGGUUUAAAAGAAAAACUGAAGCAUAAGAAAAGUUCCCCUGCAUUGGCAGCUCAGGGCCUAUAGUUCAGCUGUAUGGGUCAUCAGCCGGGGACGGUUCACGCUUUAACCCUGGAGCGUGGAUAAGACCACGUGUGUCCAAAGGUGAGACCAACAACAGGUUCCCCUGCAUUGGCAGCUCAGGGCCUAUAGCUCAGCUGCGGGGUCAUCAGACUGGGACCCCGGGGACGGUUUACGGCUUUAACCCCGGGACGUUCCCCUUUCACCCCUGCAUGAUGACACUGAUGGCAACUGUCCUCUACUUGUGAACUGUUUGUGUGCCACCAACCUACUCAGAACACUAUCGUGUCCCACUGAUAGCAGUGCGAGCCCCACCUUGCAGCCUGACAGGAAGUGCUGGAGGCUUACAUUUGGACUCCGUUCUUCCAGGCCAGACCACCAUGUUUCAGACAAGCGUCGUGUCAAGCCCAGCCAUUUUCCUGAAUUACUGUGGACAGUGGAUUUCACACAGCUUCAGUGUCACACAGUUUAACGCCACACCUUGUACUUGCCUGGAAGCUGGCUUUAAUCAAUCCUUCCUUAGUGAAAAAAUAGCACAAUUUAUUCAAAUGUAAUUUAGUGUAACUAAAUGUAUUUGUGGCACACUGUAAAUCUGUUCAAGUGGAUCAACUCAUUUUGUACUAAAUGCAUUUUAGUUGUCCAAAAGCAGUGCUGAAGUUCAGGUUGUAUUAAUUGUAAACUUGAAGUGUGCUAAUGGCAUCAUUAUUGUGUGCUUCUAAUACAAUAAAGUGAUCUUUAAAAAUAAUGGCACAGCUUAGGAAUUUGCCUUUUACUGGUAUUUUACACACACCCUCUAGUAUACCAGU